GUAAACUUUGAAAAUGGCUGCCAUUUCGCAAACAACGGGACGGUGCAUCUUGUAUACCGUUAUAUAAUGUUAUUGCGCCAUUAUUAAUGUUGACAUUUCCUCUUCCAACAUCGCACAAAGUACCCACAAUUUCUAUAAUUUAGCAUAAUGCAACUAAGAGAAGUAAGGAUAGCAUUUCCUCUCGCGUUCCUGGAAUCCCUCCUACACCAGACCUCCGGCUCAAAACAAAACACCAGACAUUUCUCAGCCAGUGUCUCGAAACCUCGACGACACAAAAACGAUAAUAACCAUUCUGAUUGUGACAUCGAUGCCAAUUUUACAGAUCUAAUCGUUCAGCUAUGCUUGAAAUCAGAAACAUUCACUUGUGACAAUAAAUCGAUCUCGUGCAAUAUCAUAGACUGGGAUGAAAUUGUUGACAUUGAAUCGAAGGGAAGAAAACGCAAGACAAAAAGUAGACAAACUGCAAGUUGUUCUAAAGCUCGGAAACAGAAGACACUGAAAAAUGAAAAUGACGUGGGUGAUUGUCAAGUGCCUGAAUCAGAGUGCAAUCGUUCUAUUUCAUAUUAUCUUGAAAAGAACGUUUCUCCAAAGAGAAAAUUGGUUGACACAGACAGAGAACAUGGUAAGAGGCGUCGAUUAUCAGAUGUUGUCACAGUUCAUCAAACCAAUAUUGAAAACAACUCGAAUAACAGAGACAAUACUUUUGAAUUAAACAAUGGUCAGCAUGACAAUGACUCUAAAAGUGAUGGCGACACAGGUAAACAUGAUAAAGUUAACAAACAUGACCAUGAAAACGAUGAUAAAGUGCAAAAUGGAUCUACAUUUCAAUUUGUUGCGGAUUGUGUGUCUCAUUCUGAUUGUGAAACUGUUUCUGUGACUGGAGAGAGGACUAGAAAAACAUCUUUAACUGCCAGUCAUGAUAUUAUAUACACUGACAAAACUUACUUGCAAAUAAGCGAGGUCAUGCAGCAUAUUGAUGUCAAUGAUCUUAAAGUUAACGCAAGUUCAGACAGUUGUCCUGAACAAUUAAAACCAGUUUCGUUAGGAACUAUAGACUUGAGAGUGUCUAGCAAUUUUCAUAAUCACACUGUUAAAGAUAAUGAGAUUGUUGUUACUGAGAAGGAAUUAUCUGCAAACACCCAUGAUGCAUUGAAUACUGAGAUAAACAAAAGUGUGAAACCUAAAGGAAUAAAUGUGGAAAAUGUGACAUCAGAAUCCAAAAGUAAAGUAAUGGCAUUGUUAAAUCUGAAGAAAACACCUCCGCAAAGUGGUCAAAUGGUGAAAGACGUGAAGUCAACACUUCUGGUGGAAGAAGGGAAGACUCCCCUGUUUUACAUUCAUAGUAAGACUGCAGAUCUGCACGACUGUGUUUUGCUUGGUCCGUUUGUCUUGCAAUCGAGUCCCGUUCCUCAUCUGCGCUUGACUGUUGCUGGAGAAAUUGGGAAACUUGUGCCCAGUGAGUGGACCUGGCGAGAGCAAGUCAACAAGGAUCCACACACAACACCAUCCAGGAAACAGACACGGAGGAGAUCCAAGACUGCUGACAGUCCAAAGAACAGAAAGGUUAAGUCAAAUAAACAGCUGAGGCAGCCUACUGGGGAGGAUGGUGAUCCCAGUCUAAUGGCUGCUGGGGAAGAGAAACAGAUGCAUUGUGUCACAUCUCGGACACAUUUUCAAACUGGCACUCCAAAAGAUGAUGAGGACAAUGGAGAUGCAGACUCCCUGGCAGCUGCUGUAUCAUCAGACAGUGACGGAGACCGGGCUCAUCUUUCAGAUCUGACACUACAUGAUGAUGCAUGUCCUGACAAACUUGUCAUCCCGGAACCAACACACAGACUUACUAAGACUGGUCCAAAGCCAAGGACAAGUAAAACUGAGCCAAAAACAAAAUCUAGCAGCAAAACAGAGGCGUCGGUAGACUGUGAAGAUGAGAACACGGAGAAGGAACGACCUUGGGAUGAACAGGAUGGAGCUGAUGCUGAAAAGCUGGAGGCAGUGACGGAAACAAACAGUGAAAUGACCAAGAGGGAGAUCGGCCCAAACAGCCCAACUAAACGCAAGCCGAAGCAGAAGAAAAAGAAAAAGAAACUACCCAAGAGAGGCAUAGAUGCUAUGUACAAACGGCUGGAGAGCUACUGCAUAAAGAUAGUCCCCGAGACUGGCUCAGACUUGUGGGGUCCCGUCUCCGAUCCAAUUCAGAUACAUAGCAGUUGUAAAUUCUGCACCAAGUCGUUCCCCGAUCCGCUUCUCCUGGCUGAUCACACAAGGAACAUACACAAAAAUCAGCCCCAGUACAUGGACUUUGUCAGAGAGAAUCGGUGCAAGAUGAAGCUGAAGUGUAAUUUGUGCGUUGAAGACAGGUUCUAUGGCAGAUGGGAAAGUUUUGGCCAACACAUGCGAGACAUCCACACUGAGAAGCUGAUCGGAGAGUCGGUCCAAAAGAUAAAAUGUACUCUCUGCGAUAAGACCUGGGUGAACCAGAAUAAGUACGAUCGACAUCUCAAAGCAGCUCAUGGAAGUGAAAGAUACCUCUGCCAUCUUUGUCCGGCAACAUUUAAGUGGGAGUCUUCUCUCCAGUGCCACAUCAAGGGCAUCCAUGAAAAAGAAAUGGAUCACAGUUGUGAGAUUUGUGGGGCAACGUUUUCACGGAAGUCAUAUGUGAAGAAUCACAUUCGGAAAACUCACAGUGAGAAAGGUCAUGGAGGUGUGAGAAGGUCACGGGGCAUCCAUUGCUCUCUGUGUGACCUCCGUCUGGACAAGAAAAAGGACAUCACUAAACAUCUCAUCGAGGUUCAUCAGAUGGACAGAACGUGUAAGAUGUGUAAAGUAAAGUUUGACACUGAUGAAGAGAUGGACAAGCAUACCAGAGACUUCCAUGGUAAUGCCCUGUGUCAGCAUUGCCCCUACUGUGGGUCGGGGUUCCAGGCUCGGGACAACAUGCUGAGACACAUUGCCAAGGAUCAUCUGAAGAUCAUGCAGCCAAAAUGCCCGCUUUGUGAAAAGCAGUUUGACUACAACACAGAUCUGAGGUUCCAUCUGAAGAAGGACCACAGUUAUGGGGACCAGGAUCAUACCUACGGUCAAGCUGAAAGUCUCAAGUCCAUCGCGAUACUCAAGUGUGAACACUGCGACAAACCCUUCUUCUGGGUGAUGGGCAUGAUCAAUCACAUCCUGGCCAGUCACAUGGACAAGUUUCCCCAUGAAUGUAAGGAGUGUCGACAGAGGUUCCUGGAAGCGUCCAGUCUGCAGCAUCACAUGGCCUUCCGACAUUUGACCAUUACACAGGGAAGGGGACACGGAUCCGGGAGAAGAGGGGAAGGUGGGGGGAAGAAACAGGAUGGCAAGGAGAAGGUGCUGAAGACGCCAAAGCUGGAUCUUCAUCAGGACCUGCUUCAGAAAGGUAAAGAAGGUAGAGGUUUUAGCUUGUUGACUGGGAAAGAAAUGCCAAUGAAACCGAAAGACGGCACUGUGAAGGUCAUAUCGGGGAACAUGUUUCCUCCGGAAGAUGGAGCAGUCCCUGUGUCGGUUCCGGACAUUCAUGGAGGCUUCAUGUCAGGUCAAAUGGAUAGGAGAUCCACUGCUUACUCUUCUGCGGAAAGGUGGACCUAUCCGGCCAACCAGUGGCCAGCUCAUGUCCAGCAGAAUCACACAGUCACCAUGACUGGACAGGACUUCUUGAACAGUGACGCUGUAGUGCGGCCAGAGGAGACAUUGUACCAUAUGAUGAACUAUGCCGGAGACAACCAAGAUGUUCGGGCUGAUCCCUCGGGCAUGAGGACUCAGCUGCCUGGGAUCAGAGACGAUCACGUGACUCCUGUCACUUCUGAUCACGUGACUCCAAUCAGAUCUGUUCAUGUGUCUGUACGUUCUAUAGAACAGAUACCUUUAAGCACCACAGAACAUGUGCCUGUACAAAACACAGAACAUGUACCGGAACGCAGCACAGAACACUUGCCAGUACGGACCACUCAAUAUGUGCCGAUACGUCCCAAAAUACCUGGCAACAUGUACCAAGAGCAACCUAAUAGAAGACCUGGAAGGCUAGCCGCCAGCCAGCGAAUCGUAAUGGCAGCCAAUGAACGAGCUCGCAUGCAAGCAGCUGUUGAUCGAGGUAUUGUACAGGGAGCUUCGGAGAGAGUUCUCCUGCAAGGGGUGACUGACCAGAGACUUGUCCAUGGAACCAGUGACCGGAUUGUGGUUCCGGGGCCAGGAGAUCGUGGCAUUGUUCAUGGUGCAGCUGUGCAUGCUGGUGUCCACGGGAGUGGGGGAGAUGGGCAGGUGAUCACUGCAGACAAUCUCAUCGGGUUGUUGUCCGAGUUUAAUUCCCAGCAACAAAGUAAUCCAUAUUUCCAGACUCAGUUCUUCUGAUCCGGGUUUCGAACUGUGUGGAUGGAAGAACCAAGAGUGAAUUGGUUUCAUUUCUCCGAUAGGGGUGAUGUCAGAAGUCCAUUCUCAGUAUCUACACCGUGAUAUAUGACUGCAGUACUGAUAAGGGAUGAGUAUGGAGGUUUAAAGUACAGCACAAUAUUUUGGG